AUGGUGAAGAAGCGAAAGGCGAAGAACCAGGGCGGGGCUGGCGACAUGGACAUGGGGGACGUCGCCGCGCCUUCCGCCGCGACAUUCUCCGCGGGAGCCGCUAAGGACGUCGCGGCCGCCGGAUUUUCCGUCGCUUCAGCCGCCGUGGGAGGCGCCGAUGCAUCCGGCGAGGCGGGAGGUCCGAUCGCUGGCGGCAACGCGAUGGUCUGCCAUGCGCGCCCCUCUCACACGAGCGAGGCUUUCCACCAACAGCCACACAAGUCACCCCCCUGUUCCUCCGUGACCUUCCCCCCUCCUCGCGCCUCCCCUACGCUUCCCCUCCUCCACACCCCCCUUCGCCCCCCUCCCCUUUCUCCUCCCCCCCCCCCUCCCCCCCACAAACUCUCUCCGCCACCCCUCCUCUGUCUCAUUUGCCUCCCGUUCUCCCCGUUUCCUUCCGCACCCCCCAUUCCCCACCCUUUCCCCUCAGACACAAGUGAGACUAUGGGGUUCACAGUGACUAAGGCGCACAAGUCACCCCGCUGUGUGCCCCAUCCUUCCGGGGCCCCCUCCCCCUCCCCUCUCUCCUCCGCUCACCCCCUUCCUCCCCUCCCCCAUUCCUCCCCUCCCCCCCUCCCUCCCCUCCCCCACUCCUCCCCUCCCCCACUCCUCCCCUCCCCCACUCCUCCCCUGCCCCUUCUCCUCCCCUGCCCCCUCUCCUCCCCUCCCCCACUCCUCCCCCCCCCCCAUCAGACACGAGUGAAGCGAUGGGGUUCACGGUGGUCAAGGCGACGGCUGGGAACGCCCUCAGGCGUCUCCUCUUCUCCCACACCCCCUUCCUCUCCAUACCCCAUCCCCCGCUUUCCAGACACGAACACGAGUGAGACGAUGGGGUUCACGGUGAUCAAGGCCUCGGCUGAGAGCGCUCGCAGCACACCCGCUCUACCAGCCAUAAGACUGCAAAAGGCCACUCUCUCUGCAAAGGCCACACUCUCUCUUGCAAGCAGUGCGGAUUCUGUUCAGUUGCAUGCCCCUUCUGUUCUUAUCAACCUCAUGCUCCUCAACUCACCUUCUCACACUGACAUACAUCAACCAUCUCCCCACACUGACAUGUUAGAUUUGGUGCGUUAA